AUUUUGUGGUAGCUGUCUUGCAUUCCUAAAUCGAAGCCUGUCAGGCUCCCAAACCAGCUUGCUGGCUGUUUCGCCGAAUACACGGGGUGACUUGCUUAUAGCACUUCAGAGUUUUCUGAGUAAGGUAGAAAAGUGAAGGUGAAACAAAAUUCUGCACCACUUUUCUUUAUGAGAAAAGAUUUUGUCUUUCUUCUCAGUAUUGUAUUUGAAACAAAUGUUUAUCCGUUAUUUAUAGUCAGUGUGCUAGUAUAUCACAACAGUCGGCAGGAACGUUCGUUCCCUGGGCUAAUCUUAAUCUUCAGUUUACUCUCCCAACUGAAUGCUUCUGAUGUGAGGCUUCUUGACAGGAAGCAUGACCUCACUCUGCCUCUGUGCUUCUGAUUGCAUGGGCUGUUUUCAAAAGGAAACAAGGGACUUCACAGCCCUGCCCUUCCAAAAACUCAGUACAGUUCUGCUCCAGGAAGCUGCAGAAACCUACACACACGUCUCAAAGGCUCUGGUGGUGAUGAGAAACUUUUUGGCAUACAUUUUUUCAUUGUGAAAUGGAUUUUCCAGGCAAUCCACAUUAUUUGUUGUUCCCGAGUGUAUGAACCAGUCCUUUUCAAGAUGUACGAAAUGUCACAUGUUACAUCAACACCACGAGGAAGUUCAACAGCGCAUGAUGGAGAACACAGGCACAGUCUCUCAGAACAUAUUUAUCAAAGUUAUGCUUGCACCUUUCUCAAUGAUGGCACUGCCUACAGGUGCUGUUCCACAAGCCCUUCGAGAGGCUCCCUCUUCACAUGUCGCCGCAGCCCUCGGCUGCUUUCCAAUGGUUAUUACAUUUUGACAGAAGACAGCUUUCUGUCUGAUGAAGAUGGCAACAUAACACUGUCACCAUCCCAGACAAGCGUUACCUAUAAAGAAAACUUAGUUCGGAUAUUCCGACAAAGGAAGAAAAUGAGACGCUCUCUUGCCAGCUUGUUCAGUCUCAGUGCCUCCAGCCAGUGGCUUAGCAGCACCAUUCUCAACACUAUGGAUUCCUCCCAUGUAGACGAUCCUUGGCCUGACAAAUGCAGUGAACUACAGGCCAGUCAGACUGAUACUGACAAUUCAGACUUUUCUUGUGAAUAUAACAUCUUAGUGCCACAAGGGCAAAUUCCAGCAUCUAUUGGAGCCUCUCUUACCAAAGAUGAGGAGUUUAUUGAGCCCGGGAAAUCACUGUUUGCCUCACCAUCCUGCUCUCCGUUUAUGAUAGAUGGAAAUGAAGAUACACUGAACAAGUCAGAAUCCAAUUCAGUGCCAAAUUUUCUAGCUCAGAUCGCUGCACUGAUGGUGUGCUUAAUCAUUUCAGUAUGUACAAGGUAUUUUCUGGGAGGAUUGUCUGCCAUUUUGUUCUUGAUAAUUUUAGUCUUUCUUGUGUCCCAAGAUGCUGCUCUGUCAUCUUUCUUCAGUUUUGUCACAUCUUUCAAAACAACAAAGUUUGGAAUAAUUGAAAAGAAAGAAUAGUUGUGUGGAUAAAACAGCCUUGUUCAUCAGUUCCUGGAUGAGUCCAUUCAACUUCUGAGAUCUAAAGGCGGCUGCACAGCUGCAGAUGUAACAUGGAAAACCUUUGAGAAAGUCAUCAGAAGGAGGAGGCUCAUCCUGAGAACAAAGGUUUUCAGAACUUCGUGCAGGCACUUGAUCACUCUGCACAGUAUGAAAGUCAGUGAUGAAAAAUACAACCUACUCAUCCACAGACAAGCAGUGGACAGUAGAUAUGGCACUUCUCACAGUCAGUGGGAUAGUUUAUACAAGGGCUACAACACCAUAGCUUCAAAGCUGAUUUUUAUUUUAAUCAAUAUUAUCCAAAGCAGGCACUGUAGGAUGGAGUGGUGCUGCUUCCAGCAUUUCAAAACAAGCUCUCCUCUUGCCUUGUACAGAAACUUAAAGGCAGAGCAGUUAGUUCUGUGGAUUCUAUUAUCAGCUCACUGACUCUUUUCAUUUUUCUGCCUCCUCAGCUCUUUAGUACUGGACUACUAGAAACCUCCUUAUGGGCACCGUUACACAAGUUUCUAUGGAAAAAAAUAACAAUUGUUUGUGUUUUUCCUUUAAAAUACAAACUAUUUAAGCUUUAUUUUUAUUUUAUUUUAUUCUGUGUGAUGUCACAUUUCUUGGUGAUCAUCUGCAAGCAGUCAUGCAAAACCAGAGACCUCUAGUCUCUUAUGUCAAUGAGGUACUACAUAAAGAUGGAGUCCUGUAAGCACUCUGAUGGUGGACUGAUUGUAAAAGUGUUUAGCAAUCCUCAAUAAUUUUGCAUUUGGUAAGCAACUGAUAUCUUCAAAUGCUUUGUUUAUAUUAAUUUAUUGUAAUAAUAUGCUGCUAAAGACAGUUGGUUUGGAUAGAGACUUAGUACCUGUAGUAACAUAUUCAGAAGCAUUAUUGUAUUAUGCACAUUUCCUUUUGGCUAUCAUACCAUUAUCCUGAGCACCAUAAAAAGAGAGAAAAGGAAGAAGGAAAUGUAAGAAAACAUAAACAUUAGUGAAAUUAGUGCCUAAUUAUUAGAAGGAAAGGACUCUUCAGAAAACUAGCAAUCAGAAUGUGGAAAAGCAAUGAUGAAAUUCAUUAAAUAUUGAAAUUCUACCUGGAUUUAGAUAGAAAAAUAUGUAAUACAAUACCUGCAGCUAUUAACUGUGCUUUGGAAACAUUGAGCCUGAUUUUUCAAGUUGGAUCUUUGUCACCACAGAGACUAAAUCAUAUACAGAUCUUGUGGGCAACCAAAAGCUGCUAUCUUGUGACUCCAAGCAUUUAAUAACCUGCUUCUUCAAAUAUCUCCCUUUAUGCCAGUUUAGCUAGGACGGCAUGGGUUUCAUGUUCCUAUGCAACAGAAUGAUGAUACGUGAGCAUGCUGUUGCCCACCACAACUAGUGUUGCUUCUCAUCUGCUUGUCCUCUGCUGUGCUGAAAGUGACGUUAGCAUAGCCCAGCUGGCACAUCAGAUGUGAGAUAGUGACUGUGGAAGGAGUAUUGCCAAUAGAGUACAAUCAGGUUGGUAGGCACAAUGACUGCGAUUUCAAAACUGCAGCAGAAAAACAUACAAUAAGGGUGCUGGUAGAGGAAUCAACAAAACUCCGCUGUCUUUCCAACUCUGCCUAAGUCAAGAUCAAGCACACUAUAGCUGUAUUUCUAGCACCGAAAAUCCAAAGAAGUGUGGCAAUGAACAAAGUGUAAAUCCAGUAAUUUAAUACGUACAUUUCUCUUUCAAAUGGUAAAUAAAUAUAUGCUGGUUAUAUUUUGAAGUGAAGCAUAAAGAGCUCAAGCGGGGAAAUUUCAUCCAAAUUCAAAUUUUUGGACAGUAAUUUACAUUUGCUGAGUGCAUUACAUUGAUCUUUUGUGAGUGGAGAUUGUCUAAUGUAGCAAGACCUAGCUUUAUAGUUGCAAUAAAAGGUGAACUUUUUUUUUUCUUAAGACUUAUGCAUUGUGUAGGUAGCUAGUACAGUAUUAAAAUACUUAUUCUCAUAUUUAUUUAUACUUACUGCACUUAAGUACUUCAGUCCAUUUUAUUCUGCUUUAUUUUCUUUAACUAUAGAGACAACUGAGGGUAUCACUGCAUAUUAUUUAUAAAUAUUUUUUGUUAGCAAUUUUAUUUUUAGUUCUAUCAGGUCUUUUACUAAAUACAUUUAAAAAGAAAAGAUUGAAAGAUCUUUUAUGUUUAAAUAAUUUCCUGAAAGAAUAAACUGGAAAAAUAACAUCCUGUACUGGUAGAAAAGUCUAGGACUGCAACUACUCUCUGCAACUACUAGUUACAGAAGUGAUAUGCUGAAAAGCAGGAAAGCUUAAGCUCAUUGUAAAUUAGUGGAGAUACAAGAGCAAGUGAAGAAAAAGUUGAUGUAGCUUGCCAAAAAUUUGGUGUAGCAUGAACUGCUGUACUCUGUCUAUGAAAAAAUAUAAGCUGUAAACUACAAGUGUUCUGAUCAGGAGAGGGGGAAGUUCUGAAACAAUUUUGCAAUCGAAGUUCGAGGACUAAAAAUAAGAUGUGUGGGAUCUGCUAAGAAAUGCCCUCGACAAUAUUCAUCAGGGUUGAAUUAACAAAGUUCUGUUCAGUUAUGAGACUGCUUAUGUUUCGACUGUUCCCUUUCAUAUAUUCCAAUGGACAGAAAAGUAAUUCAGGAAAGCAGUUCCCUGAAAAGAAGUACAGCAGUAUGGUAUGUUCAAUCCUAUCAAAAGAUAAACUGAAUCCAAAAUUUAUCUGAUGAAAAACUGAAGAAAACGUUUUCAACAUUUCUAGCCUAAUGUUUAAACCCAGGCUGUCAGAGAUAAUUAGAAUUUGCAACUUCUGCUAACUAGAGAAUCAAGCCUGGGAUAAUUCUGAACUGUAAUUCUAGUAAAAUCGAACUGUUUUUAAUUUAAUUUAACAGAUGCAUCUACAACAGAGAGGACCACUACAAUUUUAUUUUUGUCCUCAGUGAUUAAAUCCUUAUUCAGCUUUAGUAUAGCACCUUAUUUAAAAAAAAAAAAA